GAGCGAGCGUCCAUGUUGGUGAUCCUGCUGAACUGUGUGACACUGGGCAUGUUUCAUCCCUGUGAAGACAUCAACUGUGACUCUGAGAGAUGCAAGAUCCUACAGGACUUCGAUGACUUCAUCUUUGCAUUCUUUGCCAUCGAGAUGGUGAUUAAGAUGGUUGCGCUGGGGAUUUUUGGCAAGAAGUGCUACCUUGGAGACACGUGGAACCGCUUGGACUUCUUUAUCGUAUUGGCCGGGAUGCUGGAGUACUCACUCAACCUGCAGAACGUCAGUUUUUCAGCGGUGAGGACGGUUCGCGUGUUGAGACCACUGAGAGCCAUCAACCGAGUGCCAAGUAUGCGUAUCCUGGUGAACCUGCUGCUGGACACCCUGCCCAUGCUGGGUAACGUGCUGCUGCUCUGCUUCUUCGUCUUCUUCAUAUUCGGCAUCGUUGGCGUCCAGUUGUGGACCGGCCUGCUCAGAAACCGCUGCUUCGUCGAAGACAACUUCUCCUUCCCUCUUUCCGUAGAGCUAGGAAAAUACUACCAAACUGAAAAUGACGACGAGAGCCCCUUCAUCUGCUCUCAGCCCCGAGAGAACGGCAUGAGGGACUGCGGUUCGGUUCCCAAGCUGUACGAGGAGGGGGGCGUGCAGUGCAACCUGGACAUGUACUCCUACAACAGCACGGACAACACCACCUGUGUCAACUGGAACCAGUACUACACCAACUGUUCCGCUGGUCUCGUCAACCCCUUCAAGGGAGCCAUCAACUUUGACAACAUCUGUUACGCCUGGAUUGCCAUCUUUCAGGUGAUUACUCUGGAGGGCUGGGUGGACAUCAUGUACUUUGUGAUGGAUGCUCACUCCUUCUACAGCUUCAUCUACUUUAUCCUCCUCAUCAUUAUCGGCUCGUUCUUCAUGAUCAACCUGUGCCUGGUGGUCAUCGCCACGCAGUUCUCAGAGACCAAGCAAAGGGUGAGCCAGCUGAUGAAGGAACAACGGGUGCGCUUCAUGUCCAACGCCAGCACUCUGGCGUCCCUGUCCGAGCCGGGCUCCUGCUAUGACGAGCUGCUCAAGUACUUGGUCCACAUCAUCCGUAAAGGUGCCAAGCAAGUGGCUCAUAUCUGCAGGUUCUUGGCUCGUCGUGCCGGCCUCAACAUUGCCGCCUCGCCCCCAGCCACGGAGCCACAACGCAGCCAGAGCCAGAGGAGGAGGAGGAAGUCCUCCAGGCAGGGAUCUGUGACAGUUCACCACAUGGUGCACCAUCACCACCACCACCACCAACACUACCAUCUAGGGAAUGGUAGCGUGAGGGGUGGGAGCUUCAGAGGUCUGGAGAGUAGGGAUGUGGAGGCAGGGGCUCUUAGCAACAACGGAGGGGCUCUUAUACCAACUACCGGCAGCGGGCAUCUUGCUUUGGCGCCGCCCUCCUCAGUAACAGCAGCAACAUCUGAUACAAACCUUGCCACUUUGUACAAUCCUACCGAUUCGUCUUCAGUUUGCAGUGUGUACAACAUAGAAGCUCUUCGCUGUAUUCCUCCAUCCACCAAUGCGGGAACAACUCCAGGCUCCUUCUCCCUGGCUCCGGUUCCCUUGUCCAGGGCCAUGAAGAGGAACUCUGUGCCCUUUGCUGCUCCGGGACCCAAGAACUACCCCACCCUCCAGGCUCGAGCCCUGGCAGAGUCUAGACGAGGAAGCGCUGCUGCCAGCACCCUGACGAAUAUCAGCUUCAACCUCAAUAUCCCACCCAUGCCCUUGGAGAGACGGCCAUCGACUGUGGUGGACACAUACAAUCCAACAGCUCAGCUCUCCUGCCAGCUGUCGGCUCGUGACCUCAGCACCACAAGCAGCGCCAUGGACACAGCCGCCCUGACAUUAGACCCCGAGAGCUGCCCUUACUGCGCCAAGGCCCUGGCCAACGAAUCGGAGGGUGGCACAGAGGGCAACGAGACGCCUGGUGACUCAGAUAGCGACGGGGUUUACGAAUUCACGCAGGACCUCCACCACAGGGACAGGAGAGACAGUCGGCAACCCAGGAAGAAGCACCGAAGGCUGGGGAAAACGGCGGCCAAGGUGGUUCACUUCUGGAGGCUGGUGUGCGACACAUUCAGGAAGAUUGUGGACAGCAAGUACUUUGGUCGAGGGAUUAUGAUCGCCAUUCUGAUUAAUACACUGAGCAUGGGGAUCGAGUACCAUGAGCAGCCGGAAGAGUUGACCAAUGCCCUGGAGAUCAGUAACAUUGUGUUCACCAGCCUGUUCGCUCUGGAGAUGCUGCUGAAGGUUUUGGUCUACGGACCCUUCGGCUACAUCAAGAACCCCUACAACGUCUUCGAUGGCAUAAUCGUAGUCAUCAGUGUGUGGGAGAUCGUGGGUCAGCAGGAUGGAGGUCUGUCGGUGCUCAGGACCUUCCGGCUGAUGCGCGUGCUGAAGCUGGUCCGUUUCAUGCCGGCUCUGCAGAGGCAGCUGGUGGUGCUGAUGAAGACCAUGGACAACGUGGCCACCUUCUGCAUGCUCCUCAUGCUCUUCAUCUUCAUCUUCAGUAUCCUGGGGAUGCAUCUGUUUGGUUGUAAGUUUGGGUCGGAGAGGGACGGAGACACCCUGCCUGACAGGAAGAACUUUGACUCUCUCCUCUGGGCCAUAGUGACAGUCUUCCAGAUCCUAACCCAGGAGGACUGGAACAAGGUGUUGUACAACGGCAUGGCCUCCACCACUCCCGUGGCCGCCCUCUACUUCAUCGCUCUCAUGACCUUUGGCAACUACGUCCUGUUCAACUUGCUGGUGGCCAUCUUGGUCGAGGGAUUCCAGGCGGAGGAAGUGUCCAAGCGGGAGGACUUGCAUGCCCAGCUGAGCCUAAUUCAGCUGCCUGUAGACUCAGGGGGUGACGCUUCUAAAACAGGUUCGGAGAUUGAUUCCUGCGCACGAAGCAUGGAGGAUGUUAACGGCAGCAAGAAGGACUUAUCAGCCUCUGCAGUAGUGCCUGUAAAUGGUCAUGUGGACCUGAAAACAAGCCUGACUCCACCACUAAUUACCCACACUGCUGCCACCCCCAUGCCUAUACCCAAGCUACCCGUGGGAGGUGACCCCAUCCUGGGCUAUGAGUCCCGUCGAGGCAGCAGCGUCUCCAUAGAUCCGGCUUGCUACGACAAAUCACCGACCAGUGCCCGCAGUGCUUCCCCCUAUGCCCCGUGGAACUCUGGCAGCGGCUGGACCAGCCGUAGAUCCAGCUGGAACAGCCUGGGUCGUGUCCCAUCGCACAAACGCCAGAAGCGACAGUCCGGGGAGCGGCGGUCGCUCCUGUCCGGGGAAGGCGGCUCCAGCUCAGAAGAGGGGGAAGGCGGAGGAGAAGGGGGAGACGGGCUGAUGGAGGAAGACGACGCUUCCUUAGCCAGGACUGACUCCAUGUCCCAGUCGCAGAGGGGACCCCGACACAGGAGGAUGGAGUCAGUGGAGACUCGGAGCUCGAUGGAUUUGCCUCCUGAUGCUCUGCUGCAGGUGCCCUACCUGCACCGCUCAGCCAGCAUGCACAGCUCCAGACCUCCCUCCCUGGGCCACCUGCGGCCCCCAGAUCACAGUGACUGCGAUGGGAAGGGAUCCUCGUCGGUCCUGGGCCCCACACACGUCUCACUGGAGGAGAACACCGAAGACGAGACUGCAGAGGAGGAGGUCAACCUGGGUCGCUUAGCCAGGCUGUCCCGCUGGCUGGCGAAAAAACAGCCCGAGUGGUGUCGACAGAGAGAUACCUGGUCACUCUACCUCUUCCCUCCAGACUCAAGGUUUCGGAUCCUGUGCAAUCAGAUCAUCACCCACAAGAUGUUUGACCACAUCGUGCUGGUCAUCAUCUUCCUCAACUGCAUCACUAUCGCCAUGGAGAGGCCUCACAUCGACUCCGGCAGCGCUGAGCGGAUCUUCCUGACGUUGUCCAACUACAUCUUCACGGCGAUCUUUGUGGUUGAAAUGACCGUAAAGAUUGUGGCUCUGGGCUGGUGUUUUGGUGACAAGGCCUACCUGAGGAGCAGCUGGAACAUUCUUGACGGGAUGUUGGUCACGAUUUCCGUCAUCGACAUCCUGGUGUCUCUCAUCUCCAACUCGGGAACCAAAAUCCUGGGCAUGCUCAGAGUGCUGAGGUUGCUGAGGACCCUGAGGCCGCUGCGCGUGAUCAGCAGAGCCCCGGGGCUGAAGCUGGUGGUGGAGACUCUGAUGUCGUCACUGAAGCCCAUCGGCAACAUAGUGGUCAUCUGCUGUGCCUUCUUCAUUAUCUUUGGCAUCCUGGGAGUGCAGCUUUUCAAGGGAAAGUUCUUCUUUUGUAAAGGAGAGGAUGUGAGGAACAUCACCAACAAGUCAGACUGUUUGCAAGCCAAGUAUGAAUGGGAAAAGCGCAAGUACAACUUUGACAACCUGGGACAGGCCUUGAUGUCUCUCUUUGUACUGGCGUCAAAAGAUGGCUGGGUGGAUAUUAUGUACGAUGGACUAGAUGCUGUAGGAGUUGACCAACAGCCGAUAAUGAACUACAACCCAUGGAUGCUGCUCUACUUCAUCUCCUUCCUCCUAAUCGUCGCCUUCUUCGUGCUCAACAUGUUCGUGGGCGUGGUGGUGGAGAACUUCCACAAGUGUCGGCGCCACCAGGAGGCCGAGGAGGCCAAACGCAGGGAGGAGAAGAGACUGAAACGCAUGGAGAAAAAGAGACGGAAUUUAUUGGUUCCGGGGGUGAGUUGGGCCCUUUCUGACGGCACAUUGAAAGAAGCUCAGAGUAAGCCCUACUACUCCGAUUACUCCCCCACCCGCCUGCUCAUCCACAAGAUGUGCACCAGUCACUACCUGGACCUGUUCAUCACCAUCGUAAUAGGGCUCAACGUCAUCACCAUGUCCAUGGAGCACUACCAGCAACCUAAGGAAUUGGACGAGGCCCUGAAGAUCUGUAACUACAUCUUCACUUUCAUUUUUGUUCUGGAGUCUGUCUUCAAGCUGGUGGCCUUCGGAUUCCGACGCUUCUUCAAAGACAAGUGGAACCAGCUGGAUCUGGCCAUUGUGCUGCUGUCCAUCAUGGGCAUCACUCUGGAGGAGAUUGAGGUCAACGCUUCACUGCCCAUCAACCCCACCAUCAUCCGCAUCAUGAGAGUGCUGAGGAUCGCACGAGUAUUGAAGCUCUUGAAGAUGGCGGUGGGGAUGAGAGCUUUGCUGGACACCGUUAUGCAAGCCUUGCCUCAGGUGGGCAAUCUGGGUCUCCUCUUCAUGCUCCUGUUCUUUAUCUUCGCAGCGCUGGGAGUGGAGCUGUUUGGUGACUUAAUUUGCGAUGAGCUCCACCCAUGUGAGGGUCUGGGGCGAUAUGCUACAUUUAAGAACUUUGGGAUGGCAUUUCUGCUGCUCUUCAGAGUUGCCACCGGAGACAACUGGAACGGCAUAAUGAAGGACACGUUGAGGGACUGCGCGACCGGGACCACCACCUGCUACAACACUGUGGUUUCUCCCAUCUACUUUGUCUCCUUCGUCUUGACCGCUCAGUUUGUUCUGGUCAACGUGGUCAUUGCGGUCCUGAUGAAACACCUGGAGGAGAGCAACAAGGAAGCCAAGGAGGAGGCGGAGCUGGAAGCGGAGUUGGAACUGGAGCUCCAGAUGGACGGAGGGGGCAUGGCAGCAGGGUCGCCCCAGCUCAACCCUCUGGCACUGGGCUUGGACAGGUCGAGUUCUGGGGGUUCCCCCUGGAGGUCCACUAUUGGAGGGGACAUGGAGCAGGAAAGGGAAGGUCCUAUGGACUCACCCACUGCUGAUAUAACCAGAGACUCUGUAAACAUCAGAGCAGAACCCUCCUCAUGCCUGGAGCCCCAGCUGGAGUUUGUCCAGCGGAGAGCGCUGUUUGACUCGGUCUCCCUGGUCAUCCAGGGUUCAAUGGAGGGGGAGUUGAGCUUGAUGGACAACCUGUCCGGCUCUAUCUGCCACUACUACGCGCUGCCCCCCAAGCCCAGCAAGCACAGCACCGACAAGAAGAUCCCUCUAGCGGAGAUGGAAGCUCUGUCUCUGGCCUCUGAGAAAUCCUGGUCCUUAGCUCUGACAGACGACUCGGCCCCCGACGAUUUUAACCCCCUCUUUCUAACCAGUCUGGAAUGCAAUCCAGAGCAGCUCGAUCCGGAGGGAGCGCUGGAGGACAACCUGCUGAGUGUCAGAAAGCCUGCAGUGGGGCGCACACACUCCUUACCCAACGACAGCUACAUGUUCCUCCCCCCGUUCGGUCCCACGUCUCCGGCUCCAGCACAGCUUCUAGCACAGUCACAGGGGCCCCAGCACAUACUGGGCACCCACAGGGCCCAAUCAGGCUCCAGUGGCUCGGUGCGUUCACAACCGGAGGAGUUUUCCCAGCAGCUGACUGUUCCCACAGACCUCUUCAGACCCAUCAGCCCUCACAGCCACUCAGACUCGGAGAGUAUACCACGGCAACCCCCUCCCAGACGCGCACACACAUUCAGCCGCACGCUCCGCAGACAGGUUGCAGUGUCUACUGAUUCUCAGGAGGCCCUUUGUUCAGACGGAGGGGAGAGCAGUGAAGGACUUGUGAAUGUGGCCUCUCUGGGCCUCCCUCCGUCCCCUUCCUCCUCCUCCCCCUCCUCCUCCGCCUCCGCCUCCCCUUCUUCAUGCUCCCAUCAUCACCAUCAGCAGCAACCUGCUCUCUGCCUGGUCCCCGCCACACCAGGCGCCUCCCCCAAACCCUCCCGCCCCAGCAGCGUGCACACCCAGCACCACGACCAGCACUGCCUCGCCUCCCACUCCCCUUCGCCCCCGGCCUCCUCGCCUCUUCCGCCCAUACCAGCCAGGCUGCACCAACAGGAGGAGGCCUCGGAGGAUCAGGAAGUGUCUCUUAUUACCUGCGCCGGGUUGGCCGGCAGCGACGACAUCAUGGCCGAGGACAGUGGCAAUAGCGGUAACGAGGGUUACAGUAGCUACUCAGGCUGCCAGGAGAGUCGGAGUCCAUGUUUGCGGCAGCUGAAGAGGUUCCACAGCGCGGACACACAGGGCCGCAGCGCCCUCCUGCCCAGGCCGCGCCCUUACUCCUGGUUGGACGACCCGCGACGCCACUCUGUAGAAGUCUGCUCCUCGGUGGAUUCCAGCCCCCAGCGCAGUACCACCUCCACCUCCUCCGGUUUCGUGUCUCGGGCAGACAGCUUGCAGAUUCAGAGCCAGAUCCCCGCCCAGACCUCGCUGCCCUCGCCCCGCCGCAAGAAGAAGAUGAGCCCGCCCUGCAUAUCCGUGGACCCCCCCGACGGACUGGAGUCUGGCCUCUACCCAGGCCUGGGUGGGCUCAGCAGCAUGGGGCUGGGUGGGUUGGGGCUGCCGCCUCCUCUGCCCAGCCGGGACACCUGCCUGAGGAGGAGAGCACCCUCCAGUGACUCCAAGGACUCCUUUGACCUGGGAGUCGGAGAGGGUUCGGGACAGGACGGAGGCUCGCCAAACCCCAACACCAACCCCAAGCUAUUGACUCUUCCCAGUUUCUCCUUUGAGAAGACAAGCUCUGAGCACUGAACACCCAUCAUCAUCCGAAACACACAGACACACACACACACACACAAACACAAACACACAGCCGGACGAACCCUCCACACACACAAACACACGAUGCACUCAGUGUAUCUGUGAUGGUGAUAGUUCUAGUAAUAAUGCUGUAGAAAGUAAUAAUGGUAAAACUACAACAAACAGUAAAAACAUCCUUGGUUUCAUAAGGAGUGCAGUACUGUAGUAGUGUGACCAUCCCUUGUCUUUGUAUUGUUACUGCCAAAACAACCAGAGAGAAAGAGAACAUGGAACAACAAACAUUUCUCUUCUUCUACGCCUGCAUGCCACCGGCUGCAGCUUGACCCCAAAACCUCUGGAGCGACAUCGGCACCUGGGAUUUGGCGCCCUCUGUGGCCGCCGUCUGAACUGCUCCGGUGUCGCACAGAGCGGAACUGGUCAGUGGAGGUACAAAGCAAUAUGAACGUUUUAGAGACACUAUUUUCUUAAAUUAUUGGGCCAUAGUGUUUGUACAGGAUGUUGUUUUUAAUUUCAUUCGAUUGUUAU